AGCUCCAGUUCCGAGAUCGCAACCGGGACCAGGACAAACAGCAGUGCAGGGACCAAGAGUGGAAUCGGAACCGCGAAUAGGACCGGCUCCAAUAAUGGGAUCAAAACCGGAAACGGGAACGGAGCCGGAGCCGGAGCCGGAACCGGAACCGGAACAGGGAACGGGAACGGGAACGGAACCGACAGCUCCUCGAGUAGCUUUGGUGCUCUCACGGAUUCCAGCGGUCGCGGCACUUCCCUCACCCCUGAAGGCCAGAGACACACGGUGAAGCAUGCGAAGAGGAACCUCCCACCUUACGACGUCGUCCCCAUCAUGCGCCCCGUCGUGUUGGUCGGCCCCAGUCUCCGGGGCUACGACGUCACCGACAUGAUGCAGAAGGCCGUCGUGGACUUCCUCGGCCACCACUUCCGAGACAGGCUGAAGCCGGAGAAGGUGGAGGUGGACGUCUCGACCCUGCCCCGGAAGGCGGGGGCGCAGGGGAGGGUCGGCCUGCUAUCGGGCGGGAGGUCGAGGGCGAAACUCAGACAACAGGGAACAGACAUCUUUGAGAAGGCGCAGAACACGCAGGCAAGGACAAGCUCUCCGCUCGUCUUCCUCUUCUCGCAUCCAGUUCCGUCCAAGGGUAACGGGGAGACA